UUAGUUGUGCCGUGUGCAUCCACAAAUAUAGACUACCUGUGUACAGAAUCUUUCCAGUCUAGUCCGCGGCAUUUCCGACGAAUAGGAACUACUUCACAGAGUACCUCCGAGACACACACACGCACUCAGAUCAAAAUGCCUUUCGUUCCCGUUGAAACCCCCAAGUGCCCCGCGUGCGGCAAGUCGGUCUACGCUGCCGAGGAGCGCGUUGCCGGAGGCUACAAAUUCCACAAGACCUGCUUCAAGUGCAGCAUGUGCAACAAGGCCCUGGACUCGACCAACUGCACGGAGCACGAGAAGGAGCUUUUCUGCAAAAACUGCCAUGGUCGCAAAUACGGUCCCAAGGGAUACGGUUUCGGUGGUGGUGCCGGCUGCCUGUCCACGGACACUGGCGCCCACUUAAACAGAGAAUUCGUUCCGCCCAAGAUCCCCCCGAAAGCACCCGACGGACUGGGCUGCCCACGGUGUGGCAUAUAUGUGUAUGCCGCCGAGCAGAUGCUGGCCAGAGGAAAGGGUUACCAUCGAAGGUGCUUCAAGUGCGUGCAAUGCAACAAGACUCUAGACUCAACUCUUCACUGUGAUGGUCCGGACAAGGACAUUUACUGUAGAGGAUGUUAUGCGCAGAAGUUUGGGGCCAGGGGUUACGGACACAUCGGCAUUUCGUCCUUGGGGUUGAUGUCCGACAUCAAGGAUUGCGAGUGGCAAAGCGACAUGGCUCCCAAGGCCUCCAUCAUAAAUGUGGAGCAAAUCCAGGCGCCCAUCGGGGAAGGAUGUCCACGUUGUGGCGGCGUAGUCUUCGCCGCGGAACAAGUUCUCUCCAAGGGAAGGAGCUGGCACCGGAAGUGCUUCAAGUGCCGGGACUGCACCAAGACUCUGGACUCCAUUAUCGCGUGCGAUGGUCCGGACAAUGAGGUCUACUGCAAGACUUGCUACGGCAAGAAGUGGGGACCCCAUGGUUACGGAUUCGCCUGUGGAUCCAGUUUCCUGCAAACCGACGGCAUCACUGAGGAGAACUUGGCAUCUGAGCGACCCUUUGUGGCGCCGGACACCACUUCGAUCAUGGCUCCGGACGGCGAGGGAUGUCCCCGAUGUGGUGGAGCGGUCUUUGCGGCCGAGCUGCAGCUGUCCAAGGGGAAGAUGUACCACAGGAAGUGCUUCAACUGCGCCAGGUGCACCCGACCCUUGGACUCGGUGCUCGCCUGUGACGGACCGGAUGACAAUAUCUACUGCAAGCUCUGCUACGCGAAGCUCUUUGGCCCCAAGGGCGUCGGGUACGGACACACGCCCACCCUGGUGUCCACCAACUACGAGUACACGCCCAGCUGUUGGGGAACCAUCGAUCGCAACGGCCAAAAGUCGGAGAACGGGUGUCCGCGAUGCGGAUUCAUGGUCUUCGCCGCGGAACAGGUGAAGAGCGCGAAGAACGUGUGGCACAAGCUCUGCUUCUACUGCAUGGAGUGCCGCAAGUACCUGGACUCGACCAACCUGAACGACGGACCCGAUGGCGGCAUCUACUGCCGAUCGUGCUACGGCAAGUUCUACGGGCCGAAGGGCGUGGGCUACGGAAUCGGAGCUGGCACACUGACAAUGGCUUAACCACUCGACCAAAAAAGCGCGCUCAAGAACUAAUCCCGCCAGUAUGCAAUGUGCUCCAAGAUUCGUGCUGGGGAUUUCAGUCCUUGAGCGCCCACAUUUUUGAGGCUGACGAAUAGGUGUAGUAUUGCAAUUCCACAAAGGUGUACUUUUAGCUCCAAGACAACGACAUUUAGUAAUGAAAGUAUAGAAGGCAAAUGAGCUGGCGGUGGUUAGUAUAGAAAUUGUAUAAGUAUCGAACAUAAGUACCGAAAAAUGCAUUCUGACCUCCGACUUGAACUCCAUUGUAAAACCUGCGAAAACGAAUUUCCAAACCUUGCUCAUCGAGGAUGCCCUUGCUUAUCCAAAGGAUUGGUGUGCAAAAGUAUGCAACACAAUUUCUCGAUCGACCUUUUGGACACCGCCAUUCGAAAUCCUUGGAACGUCUGAGGAACUCCCUAUGAUAUGAUAUAUAUGGCAGUCGUAGCAACAAACCGAUACCCUAUAAGUUUCGAACGACUAAUAAACGACAAGUGGUAACUUUGUA